AUGCCUCGGGGCCAGAAGAGUAAGCUGCAUGCCCGUGAGAAACGUCGCCAGACUGAGGAACAGCUUGCACUGCUGGAUCUUCAGCAAAUCCCUCCUGCUACUGGGUACAUGAGAUAUGCAGGUGCCAACUACUCCAGGGAGUAUCCAGUAUCCUCCCGUCAUUUGCUGUACACCGAGUACACCUACAGAAGCACUCUAGAUGAGAAGGUGGUUCUGACGGUAUAUUACCUGCUGUACAAGUAUCAACUGAAAGAACCUAUUAGCAAGUCAGAAAUUCUGAGAAAUACCAUCCAAGCAUUCAGAAACCACUUCGUUGAAAUCCUCGAUAGAGCUGCAGAGCACCUGGAGCUGGUCUUUGGCCUUGACCUGAGGGAAAUGGAGCCCAACAAGCAUAUCUAUAUGCUCAUCAACAAAUUGGAUCUCAGCUAUGAUCAAGGUGGUGGAAGAAGUUUACCCAAGACCGGCUUGCUGUUAGCAAUCCUGGGUGUGAUCUUCAUCAACGGCAACUCUGCCACCGAGGAGCAAAUCUGGGAAGUACUAAAUAUGUUAGGCUUAUACAGAGGGAGGAAGCAUUUCUUCUUUGGUGAGCCCAGAAAGCUAAUCAACAAAUAUCUGGUGGAGAAAAAUUACCUAAAGUACCGCCAGAUCCCAAAUUCUGAGCCUCCUCGUUAUGAGUUUCUGUGGGGUCCCAGAGCAUAUGUGGAAACCAGUAAGAUGAAAGUGUUAGAAUAUGUGGCCAAGGUCCAGAAAACAGAUCCUAGUACACUUACGGUCUGGUAUGAGGAGGCACUGAAAGAUGAGGCAGAGAGGGCCACAGCCAGGGCUAAAGCCAAGGCUCAGAUUGCUGCUGUAGCCUGCCAGCGUGCCAAGGCCCUGGCUUGUGCCACUCGUAAAAAAGUCUGA